AUGGUCCUGGUAGUAGUUCAGCGAUCGCUAAGUUCUAUCAAGAAUACAAGCACCCUAAGGAAACCAGUAUUUGAUUUGAAAGGAAUAAUAGCUUUACAAGAACAAUACAGAGAGUCAAUUGUGAGAAGAUUGGAACAAAAGAAGCUAGAUUCGCUUGAAUAUAUAAUAAAAAAUCGUCCAGCAGAAUUAGAGCUAGCAAAUAAAAUAAAUGGCCUAAGAUAUGAGAGGACAAAGCUAGGAGAGGUAAUUAGGAAGGAAAAAACAAUCGCUAUUCAAAAUAAGCUUAAAGAGAUAAAAGAAGAACUUAAAUCCUUAGAAAAAAAACAUACAGCUUUGUCUGAUAAGAUCCAUGAAGAAGCCGAAGUGCUCCCUAAUUUACUAGAUCCUACUGUUCCAUCAGAUCCGCAUAAUCAAGAAGUGAUUUCAUUUAUCAAUUGUUCAUCCGAAGACGAAGCAACAAACAGGUAUCCAGUCAACAAAUUUGAUAAUAAAGACAUUGCUGAGAAACUUAAAAUCGUAGACUUCGAUGUUGCUGCUAGGAUUUCAGGCUCCUCGUGGUAUUAUUUGAUUGGCGAUGGCGCUCUUCUUGAACAAGCCUUAAUUCAAUAUGGAUUGUCAAGAGCCAGAAAGAGAGGCUAUACGCUAAUCAGCCCCCCUUCAAUCGUGAAAAGUGAAAUAGUGAAUGCAUGUGGCUUUAAACCAAGAGAUCAAAAUAACGAACAGCAAGUAUACGACAUUUCGAACUCUGAUUUGUCUUUGACAGGUACAGCUGAGAUCCCUUUGGGAGCUUUUCUUUCUUCUUCUACUCUUCCUGCGUCUCAACAAUUCCCAAUAAAGUAUGUUGGGAUUUCUAGAUCUUAUAGGGCCGAGGCCGGAGCUAGAGGAAGGGAUACAAAGGGCCUCUAUAGAGUUCAUGAAUUCACUAAAAUUGAAUUAUUUCACUUUACAACACGAGACAGGUCAAGCGAAGAAUUAGAGGAACUCCGCAGAUUUCAAGAAGACAUAAUAAGAGAUUUGGGGCUCUGUGCAAAAAUGAGCAACAUGCCAACAUCUGAUCUAGGUGCUCCGGCUUUGAAAAAAUAUGACUGCGAGGCCUGGAUGCCUGGAAGAGGGUCGUGGGGUGAAUUGACGAGUUGUUCCAAUUGUGGAGAAUAUCAAUCACGAAGACUUAGUAUUCGUGUUGAAGGUAACGACAGAAAGCUAAAUUACGCUCAUACUUUGAACGGUACUUGUUUAGCAAUCCCAAGGGUCAUAGCUGCAAUACUCGAACAAUUUUAUGAUCCAGAAUCCAACUCUGUUAUGAUACCAGAACCAUUACGGCCCUACAUGGAUGGGAAAGUCAGUAUUUCUGUAAACUAA